GACGUGGCAAAAUAUGCGAAAAUGCCUACAAGCUAGUUCCGUACAACUGGUACAUACUGGAUUAAGACAGUGUUUGUAUUACGGGGAAUUGCUCGGGAUCAACGGAGACCCUACAUUCCUCUGCUUUAACGACAGGUCAUGGGUCUCUGCAAGUGUCCCAAAAGGAAGGUGACCAACCUAUUCUGUUUUGAACAUCGUGUCAACGUCUGUGAACACUGUCUUGUGUCUAAUCACAAUAAGUGUAUAGUUCAGUCAUACCUACAAUGGCUACAGGAUAGCGACUACAACCCCAACUGCUCCCUGUGCAACAAUCCACUCAACGCACAGGACACCGUGAGACUGGUUUGUUAUGAUUUGUUUCACUGGUCAUGUCUAAAUGACCUGGCGGCCCGGCUGCCUCUGUAUACGGCGCCUGCCGGCUACCAGUGCCCCUCCUGUCAAGGUCCGGUGUUCCCACCCUCUAAUCUGGCCAGUCCAAUCGCAGACACUCUGAGGGAGCAGCUCUCCUCUGUCAACUGGGCCAGAGCUGGACUGGGCCUGCCACUGAUUGAAGAGGCUCCAGAGACACAAGAGAGCACUACACAUGAUGUUACAGACUACAAUGACUGGUCCACGUUUGACACGCCAGUAGUGGAGCCCACAGUAUCCUAUGCUGAGACAGUUUAUCCCACGCACACGUACAGUCCUGACCCAACCCCCACCUCAGUCCAGCUAGAGGAUGAAGCAGUCAGUCACAACAAUGGAAGACUUACUACAGAGGACCACUCAGUCGUUAAUAUGAUUGCUGCAACUACCAAUGACUCAGUUACAAUAAGUUCAGCUUCAUCUCCGAGAAAGAUAUAUGACACAAGAGAGUCCGGAACCACUGUGACUCAGAUUGACAUUGAUGAUGAUAAGUAUCGGCGGCGCCCAACUCUGAGUUGGUUUGCGCAGAUUCUCAAGAAUCGCACAGGUGGGAAGAGGAAGGCCUUGACUCUGAAGCAGAGGAUCUUCCUGCUAUUGGUGUUGGGGGUCAUCGGAUUCUUCACCCUCAUCAUCAUCAUGGCCAAACUGGGUCGCGCCUCUGCAGAUUCAGACCCCAACCUGGAUCCCAUGUUCAACCCCAACAUUCGCGUGGGCCCCAUGUGACUCUCUCUUCUUUCAGCUCUCCUCUUCCGCUCCACUCAGCUCAGCGCAGCGGUCAGGAGUCACGCGUGGUGGACGGCCGUAGGUGUUCUUCCGAGUUCUUUCUUCAUUUUGUGGCGGGACCAGCUGAGCAGUACCCUCUGUCCCUGGACUGUACGUGGGGAAUAUAGAGCCCGGCCAGGACACGGUGAGAGCACAGCACUGCCUCCACAGACUUUGCAGACAUAUAUUUAUCGAUGUGUGUACCAAUAUUUUCUGCACCUUUUCAUGUUUUGCAACAACUUAACGUCUCCACACUACCCCUUAUUGGAUUAUGUGUGCUGUACACACGGAGAUUUAAUUUACAGAAGAUGAUUGGUUUAGCAAUGUCUUUUCUGGUCAAUAUAGUUUAAUAUAUCAUAUAUUUUUCACAUGCAGUACUUGUAGACCCCCCCCUUUUAGACCCUGACUGUGCUGUACAGCACUCUAUUUUAUGCCUGUUGAGGUUUGGGUUGCCUUCAGUGUGUUUUUUUUUCUUUCUUUCUUUUUUUUUUCCUUGCUUCUUACUUAGAUUCAAUUCUUGGAAAUAUAAGACAAUAUUUUCCCCAGCUGACUCAUCACAUGGGAAAAUACAUGUAAUAUUUACACAGCAGUAUCCAUUGCUAAAUUUCAUUUCCUGUACACUGACCACAAUUAACCAAGAGCUUUGGUUUUAUGCCCAGUAUAAAUGGUAUUUGAUAUGAUGUAUAACUUAUUUCAGAGUAUAUGCAACAAACACAAUCUUGUUUUGUGUAACCAUACACAAGGACAUUAAAAUGAGACUGAAUGGCUUUUAUUUGUGCUUGCCCCAAUGAGUAUAAAAGGCCAUACAUUAGAUCUUCCUCAGUGAUUUAAUUUAACUUAUGUUUUAUUUUUAAUUUGCUUAUGGAAAGAAAACUGGAAAUACACUUUAUAGAGCUGUAACACUAUCUUCGUUUUUCUUUUUUUGAUAGUUGGACAUUGAAAAUGUAUAAACGGUUAUUAAUUUGUUCCAGCAGAUUUUGACCCUUCAUACAUUCAACAAAUUAAAUUGUAAAAGAAAACCAACAAAAAUAUUUUGCUGUUGUUGCAAAAUGUUUCUUAUAGAGGAACAACUCAUCUGUACAGUGACAACAUUUGUAAAGCAGCUGAGCCUCAGCUUACUGACUGCUUUAUUUACAUUUCUGACUAUUAAAUAAUGACCUUUUUAAAUAUGAAAGUUAUACUUACAUUUUUUAAGUCAAUGGAGUUAUCAAUCCAGAAACAAUUUAUUUGAUAAGUUUGACUUGAGCAUGGAAAAAGAAUGUGCACAGUGCCUUGGGUGUAGAUGUUUAUUGUGACUGUGUGGACAGUGAUUGUGGCUUGCAUGGAUUCAGAGAGUUGACCAGGCAGUCCUAUAAUAGUCCUCCGAGCCAGUUCGUCUCAGUAUUCCUCUGCUCUGAACCUCAUCAUGAUGAACUCAUAACCGAACCGGAGGCAAAAAACGCUUAGGUUAAGAACUAGAGGAUGGAGAGGAGAAGAGUUGGGAGAUCACUUCAGAGCCAUGUUGCAUCAUGUGGUAAAAAAAAACGACCUUCAUGAAAAUAAAAAGUGAGCAAUACUUGACUUGGAAUGCGAAACUCACGGACUGAUGCCAAAGAUAAGUAGCCCAUUCUGCGAUUUCCUGCUUGAAGGGAGUACACUGAGGCUAGUAAUGACCAGUAGAAAGUCACAACCUGGAUAAUCUGUAAGGGGAUAAUAUGAGCGUGAAUGAUACUUAGAGUUGCCUACAUGUGUGAAUGGUCAUAAUGUCUUAUUAUGGUUAUUUAGCAGACGCCUUUGUCCAAAGCGACAUACAAAUAAAUAACAAUACAAAUAAAAUUAACAGUGAACAAUUACAAAAUAGGGAGAACAGCAAUAUUACUGUAAAACUGUAUAAAACAAUCAUUUUAAGCACUAACCUAAUGAGAAAGAAACAAUGAAGAUGAGAAUAGCAAUCAAAUAAGUCACUCAAUUAAUCAUAUAAUAACAAUAGCCUAACUAUGGCAUGGUAUGGCUAAAUUUAAGGACAAUAGCAAAAUAAAUGUCAAAUUCUAUCAAUGGACAAAUUAUAACAAAACAAUACUAUUAUACAAACCAUAACACAUAACAAACGCUCAAAAGACUAAGUGCAUAUUAAACAAAAUGUAUCAUGAAUCAUCAUAUCCAGUUUGAAAGGUUAUGCAGAGUUUUUACCAGUAUGCC